CAACUUUAUGCUUUUAAUAUUUCGGGAGAUUGCCCCUGUACUCAGUUUUCAAAAUUGUCACUUUUCGGAACGUUGUUUUACUUUUAGAAUUUUGGUUCUUUUUAUGCAUAUGUCCAUCCCUUGCCUACCUCGUGCGCGCGCGCGCGCGUGCUUUGCGUUUCCUACUUAAUUAGAUAUCCAUUAGAUCUUAAUUAGAGUCCCAUUAUAACAAGAUAAUAUAUUCUUUAUCGUAUAGAAUUAUCACGAUAAUAAUUUCCCAGAAACUCGUGUUUCAUAUGUUGAUGUCGAUGCGCGCGUCAGAUAAUGAGUCAGUGCCGUGACAGCGACGGGUUCCCUCAGUGGCGCGAUCUUCAAGUUGACGCAUGUGUGUUGAUGAGCGCGCGCUCUGUUCAAUUGCUGAGAGUGCAGGAAGGUGCACGGGUAGUGCAAUGGAAACAGCUGUGUCCCGUUAUUCGUCAUCGUAUGAUACAUAUUAUCGCGACCCCCGUGUCCGGUGAAGCGUCGCGUCGUUGCACUUUGACAUGUCACACGCGCAUCAGUGCGAAUGUCAAACGCAUAUCGUGUGCCCGCACACGCGUAUAUACGCCCCCGCACGCGUCACGUCGUCCAGUCGGCCGUCGUCAGGCCGGAGUCGCGUCUCGGCGCAUUGAGAGAGAGAGAGAGAGAGCGUCCGAUGGGGCCGCUCACUUGCUGAGGACGUAGUGAUAGUCCGUCAGAGAAUCGACUCGUAACUUUGGACUGUCACGCGUCGGGUGUGUGUACGUGUGUGCUGCUGGAAUAAUUUAGUGUGACGCGCAUCACGUCGCUGCCACGCGCUCUCCAAUGUCCUCGUCGCGGUCCGGCGAACACGAUUAUCAGCGGUUCGACAAUGACACGAGCCAGCCGCUCGAACAGGAGAUCUCAAACGGCUCGAACCGACAGAGCCAUGUCAGGUCGUCGUUUGACACUGCUAACAAUACCAAUGAGCUGAAUAGUAAAUAUGAAGCCACAGAUACAGGAACGGGAAGUAUGACUGAGAAUAUAAUGUUUACUGCACGUGACACAUCUCCGGAUGUGGACAUGCACUGGGAAAUGAAUUACCAUGAAGCUGCAAUAUUCUUAGAGGAAGGCAGGAACAAUGAGAAAUUCGAUUCUCAUCCAAGACAUCCUGAGGAUUUGCCAGCGUAUCUCUUAGUUCACAACAGGUGGUACAAUGGAUUGGAUUUACUGGUUUCAUUGAUCCUCCUAUCUCUGGCAUUCGUCGAGGCGCCUGCUUUACCAUUAUUCAGAGUGCCGGUGUGGAUGCACGGUUCGAUAGAAUUGCUCGCCUUAAUUACUAUCGGUGUGCAACUGGCUUUAAAACUGAGAUGGACUGGCUGGACCACAUUGUUAAAGCACAAACGUACGACGCUCAAGUGUGUCACAUUAGCUAUCAUGUUUCUUGAAGCCAUGACUGUCUUGGUGCGGCAAUCCUCGCACUUCCGCGUGACGCGCGCGCUAAGACCCAUUUUUCUGAUAGACACUAAAUACUGCGGAGGUGUGAGGAGAUUCGUGAGGCAGAUACUUCUCACGCUACCGCCCAUUUUGGACAUGCUAGGGCUCCUAUUCUUCUUGAUCACCGUGUACACAGUAUUGGGCUAUUACAUGUUCAGUGAAAUGAACAGGAAUUUUUUUACGUUACAAGAUAGUUUCGUGAGUCUGUUUGUUCUUCUCACCACCGCCAACUUCCCAGAUGUGAUGAUGCCGUCGUAUUCACGGAACAAGUGGUAUGCGAUAUACUUCGUGUCUUACUUAUGCACCAUGCUGUACGUGAUGAUGAACUUGAUGUUGGCCGUGGUGAACGAGACGUUCACGUUUCGCGAACGCGAUAAGUUCAAGAAGUUGUUCUUACAUAAGAGGAAAGCAUGCCAGCACGCUUUCAAGCUUCUGGUCUCCCGACAAAAUCCCGACAAGAUGCGAUUUCGUCAGUUCGAAGGUCUGAUGCGGUACUAUGCGCCGAACAAAUCCACGAGAGACAUUGUAUUAAUGUUUUGUCACAUGAACGUGUCGGGCAGUGGCGCCUUGAAUUGUGAGGAAUUCCUGUCGAUUUAUGACACCACGACACUGCACUGGGAACUGCAAUACUCCAACAUACCGUGGUACCGCACCACGUGGUGGCCUCUGCAAGUAUUAUGCACAGGCGCUCAUACCGUUAUCAAGUGGCCGUACUUCGAAACGCUAGUAUAUGUGAUCAUUAUCGCCAACUGCAUCGCUAUGAUAGCGAGAAUAAUAGAGCCGAGCGAUAGUCUCGUGGAGUCGGCUCACGGAUUCGCCGCUUGUUGGGAUACUUUGGUAUUCGGGGGAAUAUUCAUCGCUGAAGCAAUGUCUAAGAUAUUGGCUCUUGGUGUGAAGCAUUACUUGAGCUCCGGAUGGAAUCUCUUCGAUUUGGGAACAUCGGUGAUGAUGCUCGUUGCCGCGUGCGCUCUCAGUUUAUUCCCGUCAGCCACGUUCCUGGUUUUGUUCCGACCUCUCAGAACGUUGAGGCUGUUCAAGAUAAAGAAACGCUACCGAGAUGUCUUCGGCACCCUCGUCAUUCUAUCUCCUCAGAUGUGCUCGACGGCGAUCGUCAUGUUGGUGCUGUAUUAUUUCUUCGCGAUCAUCGGUAUGGAAAUGUUCGCGGGAUACGAUAUGCGUAAUUGCUGCAAAAAUACGACCGUUGAAGACUUCUACGAGUAUUCAGCUAACGGCAGCACGGCAUUAGGGUAUUAUUAUCUCAAUACAUUCGACAAUCUCAUAGCCAGCGGCAUGACGCUCUUCGAAUUGACGGUCGUUAACAAUUGGUUCAUACUGAUGAACGCGUACGCGUUUACCACGGGGAUGUAUACACGAAUAUACUUCAUGAUAUUUUACUUGGUAACUAUGAUCGUGCUAACCAUCGUGGUGUCCAGUUUCUUGGAAGCUUUCCGAUUUAGGAUACAAUAUAAGCAGUCGACUUCAAAGCAUGAUGAGGAGAAAAUGCUUCACGAGGAAGUGGAACUGAAAUGGGAAGAGUUGCAGUGUAUAAUCGAGGAUUUCCAGACUCUGGAAAAUCUACGCAGUGCUUUGGUCGUCGGCGGAAGCACCAUGUUCGUCGGUUCGCGGCCACGAACGCGAGAAGUAUUGCAAAGGAAGAUGUACACGCACGAAAUAAACUGGUGGCUGACAGAGGCGGAACUAGAGGAGAGGCAACUCGUAUCCGAUGUGACACGCGGCAACGCGGAGGACGGCGGCGGCGGCGACGUUACCACCGACACCGAUCGUCUAAUGUUGAACGGCAAUUUACGACAUCAAGCAAGUAAUAGUAUAUCUACUCGGUAAAAAUAACGAUACGUAACUCAGAUCGUAAUCUUAUAAUUUCCGCUUAUAACAUUAUAACAAAAUAUGAAUGCAUUCGUGAAAAUGCAUUAAACAGUUUAUUUAGACUUAUUAAUGACUUCAGUAUAUACAUUAUUAUAGUUGAAGUUAUUACAAUAAUGUAUAUAUGAAUUGAGAAUUGACAGAACAAAAAACUGAUGCACCAUAGGUUAGGUGGCAGAUCUCUUUCUCUUUUAGCGAUAAUACUGUAGAAUAUUUUUAAAUAAUUUACAGUGAACAAUAGUGAACAACAAUAGUGAAUUGUCUUCGAGUUUUAACUGAGAGUUAAUAGUAAAAUUCCUUUACAUAUUUUAUAUCAUAGCUAGCUAGUUCGCAAUUAUAGUAAAAAAAUUUCAUUUUUUACUUAGGAAUAUUAAUCUCGCCGGCACGAUAUUACGCGUCGAUUUCCAAAUGUAAUUGCAGCAGAUAUUACUAUACAUUAACAUCACGUUAGCCUAACGCGGUGUACGCACAUAGUUGGACACUGGUUACCACGAUGGCUAAUCGUAACAACGCGAUGCUCGUGCGUCGCAUCAUCGUUUUUAUAUGAUUUUUGGCGACAAAUUCACGCAACUUUGUUUUGUAGAUCGUGUAUUUAAGAGCGGCUUCACUUUAGAUAUUCGACCAAAGCAUAUCAAUAGGAUCGGUUCAACGGAAGCAUGCGUCCCCAAACGGCGUUUGAGAUAUCGCUUUCAUUCAAUUAGCCCGACUUACAAACAAGAAACCAGUCUUUUCGGUUUACCAGAGAUUCGAAAGACGCGACGGGAAGUGGAACGACGAAUUCUUAUUUUCCUUCGAGCCGACUCCGCAUAUCACGCGCAUUUCUAUGCAGUCAUGUGUGAAGUAGUAAAAGAUAACGUUGUUGCGUAUUUCACUAGCGAGAGAUUAUUUUAUCGUCAUCUUUCCAUUUGCAAUGUGAUACUCUGUAUUUAUUUAACAAAAACGUAUUUUAUAUUUUAUCGCCGUUAAUUUAUGGAAUGUAAUUAUGUAGUCAUAUAUAAUAUUGUAUAAUUUAUAGAAUAUAUCGUUGUAUAGUA